UCAUCUGCGCCGCCGCUGCUUCCGCCGCCGCCGCCGCCGCCGCCAAAGCCGCGGCCACCAAAGCCACCGCCGUCUGCACCGCCACCGCUAGCGCCGCCAACGCCGCUGUCUGCACCGCCGCUGUUACCGACUGGGCCGCCGACUCUGCCGCCGCCGCUACUGUCUGCGCCGCCACCGCCGCCGCUUCGCCGCCGCCGUCUGCGCCGCCGCCGCCACUUGAAUCCCGACGCCGCUUGUACAGCCCAGGCCGCUUGCGCCGCCGAGGCCAACGCCGUCCCCGCCUGUUUGGCGACGCCGCCGACUGCGCCGCCGCCUCUUCUCCGGCCAACGCCCUCUGCACCGCCUCAGACGCCGCUUACGCCGCCGCCGAUGCCCCGGCUGCGCCAUCGCCGCUAUGGGGGCUGACGCCGCUGGCGGGGCAGACGGUGGCGGCGGCGGAAGCGGCAGCGUCAGGGGCGCAAGCGGCCUCGGCGGCGGAAGCAGUGGCGCCGCAGACAGUGGCGUUGAGGGCGCCAAGCGGCGUAGGGGCAGAUGCCUUCGGCUGCACAAGCGGCUUCGGCUCCGAAGGCGUCCAGGGCUCAAGCGGUGGCGGCAGCGGCAUAAGCGGAGGCGUCGGCGGGGAUAGCAGUGGCAGCGGCUUCAGCGGCGGCACAAGCGGCGUCGGUGGCGGCGCAGACGAUUUCAGCGGCCGAACCAGCAAUGGCGCCCACGACGGCGUCAACGGUGCAAGCGGCCUCGGCGCAGACAACGGCGACGGUGCAGACGGCGGCGGCUUCAGCGGCGGCGGUAGCAGCGACGGUGCAGACAGCGGCUUCGGCGGCGCAAGCGGCGGUGCAGACGGUGGUGGCUUCGACGGAACAAGCGGCAUCGGCGGCGGCGCAGGCAGUGUUGGCGGCGGAAGGGGCGGCGACACAGACGACGGUGUUAGCGGCUCCGGCGGCGGCGGCGGUGGCGGCGGCGGCGGUAGCAGCGGUGGAGCAGAUAGCGGCGUCGGCUGCGGCGCAGAUGGCAGCAACGCAGAUGGCGGCGGCGGAGCGGCGGCGGGGGCUGCGCAAGCGGGGGCCGCGGGAGCUCUAGGGCCAGCAACUGAGGAAGGGCAGAGUGGCGCCACUUUGGGCUUUGGGAGGGGGGCGUGCGGGGGUAGAGCCCACCGUUGUCCUUGUGCGAUAAGGAGAGCCCGACCAGGGCGGAGGGAGGCCCGCGCUGCUAAAAUGGAGAUCCUGGGGCUGGGGGAGGCUGCGGCAGCAGUGGACGCCGUCGCUCCCGCUGGAGGCUGGCGGCUCUGAGUGCA